CCCUACAUUUUUUAUAUUUCCAUAAAGAUCUCUGCCUUCUAAAAUUUGAUUGGGUUCAUCAAACUCCGAAAACGGCCCAAAAACCACUUCAGGCAGUCAAAGACUAUUCCCCGACUCCGAGCGUCGGAACGAUUCCGGAGCCAGCCUUGUCUCGUGUUGCAUGAAAAACUGGCGCGAAUCGGUUCUCAGGCAAUCCUUUUCGCCGGAUUCCCAAUUUUCUAGUUUUCCUCUGGCUGCCGACCGACGCUGUGACAACAAAUUCAUAGCAAAUGAAUCUCUACGCUCACGACCUGUCAGUGUUAGAUUUUAAUUUUGGCUUCUCCGAACCCUACGGCCAGUCCUUCUCUCGCCUUCGCGCUUCCUCCGCUAUUUCUUCAACUUCCUUCCUCGAUGAACACGACGACUUUUACCGUCCUGGCUGCGCCACAAGGAAUAAGUGCGAUAUGCCUGGCGACAGCCCCCCUAAUCGCCGGCAUGACGGUUCGUCGCCUCUUCCACUCGGAAUGGACUGGAGUCCCCCUCCUCAGAAAUGGGAUGGACAGGGUACAGCGUGGCCUCAUGAUCCACCCACUGGAUGGAGUUAUUGUGUCACAGUUCCUUCUUGGACUACAAUUCUCAAAUCAAAUGGUUCAGAUCCCGUUGUGUUUUACAUGGUUCAAGUUGGAUUGCAAUCUCCAGAAGGUAUCACUUCUACAAGAGGAAUAUCAAGAAGAUUUAACGAGUUUCUAGAGCUGUUUUACGAGCUCAAAAGAGCAUUGCCUAAGAAACAAUUGCCUCCAGCUCCACCAAAAAAGGUUUUGAGAAUGAAAAACAGUGCAUUUUACGAUGAGCGGAAGUCUUCCUUGGAGGAAUGGAUGGAAAAGAUGCUGUCAGAUAUUGAUGUAUCAAGAAGUGCUCCAGUUGCAAGUUUUCUUGAACUGGAAGCUGCUGUGAGAUCUUUUUUCAGUGAUGUUAAUCACCAGAUAUCGGAGAAGGCUUCUUCUGGUAACAUCAUGGUCCAACCAAUUACGCUAUCAAGCUCAACUGUGUCUAUGGCUGCUUCUUCUGUUACCUCCAGUGCACGUGAUGAUACUUGUUAUGGGGAACGUCAACUUGGAGCUCCAAGAUAUGGAGAUGAUGAGAGUGUAGAAUUGGGAAUGGAUGAACCUGCACUGGAAAAAGCUGGAACAGACAGAGAAAAUCUAAUAGUAAGAUCAAACCAAGAAAUGUCUGAGAGACAAUUCCUUGCACCAAAGGAUGAACAGGUGCUCACAGAAUCAACAAUAACGUCAAUUUUAGAGGAGAACAAAAUUUUGCUGCAAGAGUUGGAUGCUUCAAGAGAACAGAUCGAAUACUUGCAUAAACAAUUUGAGGAGUUUGUGAUGAAAUCAAAAGCAGAUGUUGAUUUUCUUGUCAAAGAAAUUAAAUCUCUUCGAGAGACUCAGUCAGACUUGAAGCAGGAAUACAGCCAAAUGAUGAAAGAGAAAUCAGAAUUAGAGAGAGUGCUUCAAACUGAAAGACAAAGAAUGGAGCAAUCUGAUAUUGCUAAUCAAAAGCUUCUGCAUGAUUGUGAAAUUCUUCACUACCGCCUUCAAGACUCUAGUGUCGACUUUUUCAUCGAGGAGGAAAAUAAACUAAUUUUGGAAACUGCUUCAACAGCUGACGACGCUAUAGAUCUAUUGGAAACAUCUGAUAAUCACAUUAGCGUUGUUUUAUCAGAGGCAAAGCUUCUCGCACAUGAUACCAACGAUGCCGAUGGCACUGCUGGAUCAGCCAGUCCAAAUGGAACUGAUAAAGGGUCAGCUGACAAAGUAUUAAGUUACAUACUAGCAAACAUGUUUGUCGAAAACGGCCGAUUAAGGAUGCGGAUGAACUCUGUCAUCCGUUGUGCUCUAAAUGCAAAUGGGACCCGUGAAAAAGAAGAAGAUGAAUCCGUCAAGGAAAAACUGUUCUAAGCAAGUUUUAGAGAGAGAGAUUCCUGAAUGCACAUAUAUAAUGACCUUACUCUAUAGGGGCAAGAAAUGGGAGAGCUGUAGAUUUUAAAUAAAUGCAGCAGAUGUUGCCCAUUAAUCUGCAAGUCCUAACAAAGUUGGUGGUGGGGGUAGAGAAAUGAUGUAUCAAUUUAAUAUUUAACAAAGUGCAUACUUGCUUUGCUUAGCCAAGUUAAUCUUGGGCAUUUGAAGACUUUGCUCUUGGUAAGGUUAUGAAAAACCAAGAGCUCAAACAGAGUUUGGCUGGCUAGAUUUGUGUUGAUCAUAGAUCAUUAAAUGGAAUUACACUGAUAUUCAUGAUCUCUCCCCUUA